CCUGCGCAUGCGUACUGAAAACAAGGAAGUGCCGCGCGAGAAGAACGGACUUGACAGUCACAUAAUCUCAUGUUUACGUUUUUCUUUGGGCUUUAUUUAAUUAUUUUCCGCUAGUUUAUCCACUGAAGAAUGGUCACGGUGUUAUCAGUGUUCUUUUAGACAGUACCCGGCGCUAUUAAGCAAGCUGACAGUAGCAAACCAAAGAUGCCAGCUCGUAGCGUUGUGAAUGGCGUUCCUGCCAGUAAAGUGAAGUACUCCAGGUUAGCCACUCAUGACGACGGCUACAUUGAUUUGCAGUUCAAAAGAAGUCCACCCAAAGUCCCGUACAAAGCCAUCGCGCUCGCUGCAGUCCUGUUCUUGAUUGGCUCUCUGUUAAUCAUCAUCGGUUCUCUUCUCCUGGCUGGAUAUUUUGGAGUGACCCACUCCGACCGAACCAUUCCAGUCCUGGUCAUAGGAAUCCUUGUUUUUCUUCCUGGAAUUUACCACUUGCGAAUAGCUUAUUAUGCAUCAAAAGGAUACCCUGGAUACUCCUAUGACGACAUCCCUGACUUUGAUGACUAAAUCAAUUUUCCUUGACGCAUAAAGAAGUCCUCAUAUUUCCGAUACAUAUCUCUCCGUGAAAAGGAUUUAAUUUACGUACUUUGAUGAAUGUCUUUUUUUUUUUUAAAUAAGCCUGUUUUCUCAUAUUGUUCCCAUACUGAUGGCAAGCAAAUAUAGUCUUAAGUGUAAAUGUAUUGUUUCUCAGUAAAUCAAUACUGCUCCA